CGUCCUCUACAUACUUGUGACUUCGAUUGCGAGUCUGCGUACCUAGUGCAUGUAGUAGCCAAAACAUACCUUUACGCAUUAUUUUAAUACCCGUGAACAUCCAAAUCCGACUCGAAGACCGAAUCCACCCACCCAAGAUGUCGAACAACCCAUACCUCCUCGCCGCCGAUAACCCGGAGGCGUGUGUCGCGCUCCUUCGCGAGAACCCCUCCCUGGCUUCGGGUCAGGACGAGCACGGCUACUCCCUCGUUCACGCCGCUGCCAGCUACAACCACCUGGACCUCUUGCGCACUCUUGUAGGCGAAUUCAAAGUCCCAGUGGACCUCAAGGACGAAGAUGGCGAGACAGCGCUCUUUGUCGUCGAAACCGUCGCCGCUGCCAAGGUCCUGGCCGAGGAGCUCAAGCUGAACACCACCAUCGUGAACGACGAGGGUCAGACCGCGAGAGAGAAGAUCGAGGCCGAAGAGGAUUAUCCCGAAGUCGCAGAAUACCUCAGGGGCCUGGAAGGCGAGGCCAACAUCCCCAACACCGCCCAGGGCACGACAAACGGAGUCACGCCAGCGGACCUUCCCCCGGCUCCCGAGGGUCUACAAGUACAGAUCGGUACAAUGAACGAGGCGGAGAAUGCUGGGGAGCCGGAUCCCGAGUUCCGCAGGCGGAUUGAAGAGCUUGCCUCGAGAGAGGACUUUGAGACUGCCGAGGGACAGGCGGCAUUGCGCCAGUUGGUGGAAGAUGCCAUCCUAGGACCUAGACAGGAAUGA